AUGGGCUUCUCUAAGCCCGGCAAGUCCAUGGGGGCUUCGCUCACCAACAAAACGUCCAACAAGCUCAAGCGCAAGGAGCUCUAUGUGCUGCAAAAGAAGGAGAAGGACAAGGCCCAGCGCGAGCUGCGGUUCCGCCGGAAAAAGGAGGAGGAUAAGGAUCCCGAGCUGCGCGCCGCCCGCCUCGCCAAGAACAAACCCAAGACUCUCGACAGCAAGCGCGUGUGGGACGACGUCGACGACGACUCGCUCGGCAACGUCGUCGACGUCGAGAAGCUCAAGAGGAGGAGGAUAGAGGAGGAGGAGAACGCGGCGCUGGACAAGGAGCUCGACGACGAGGAUGACCUGGACUCCGGUUCCGACAACGACAGCAUGCUCGCGUCCGACGAGGACGAGGAGGAAGCUGAAGCCAAGAAGGCCGAGAGGGAGAGACGGCGCGAGGAGAAACGUCGCGCACGGCGCGACAGCUCGGCGGCCCCGUCGACAACGAGUACAAACCUCGACCUCACGCCGUCUUCGCUCGCCCUGAAGUUCCCCUCCCUCUUCACCGAGGACGCGCCCCCGCCGCCCAAGAUCCUCAUCACCACCUCGCUCAACUCGACGCUGCACUACGAGGCCAACAUUUUCCGCACCAUCUUCCCCAACUCCACCUACGUGCCGCGCUCCGCCCACCGCUACGGCCACAAGUACUCCCUGCGCGAGAUCUCAAAGUUCGCCUCCAACCGCGACUACACCGCCGUCGUUCUGCUUAAGGAGGACCAGAAGAAGCUGACGGGCAUGUCCAUCGUGCAUCUGCCCACGGGCCCGACCUUCACCUUUUCCAUCACUAACUUCAUGGAGGGCAAGAAGUUGCCCGGUCACGGCAACCCGACGAACCACUACCCGGAGUUGCUCCUCAACAACUUCAAGACGCCGCUGGGCCUCCUGACGGCUGCCCUCUUCCAGCGCCUCUUCCCGCCCCAGCCCGAGCUCGAAGGCCGUCAGGUGCUGACGGUGCACAAUCAGCGCGACUACCUCUUUUUCCGGCGCCACCGCUACGUCUUCCGCGAGAAGCGCGAGACAGAGAAGAACAUUACCACGGCCGAGGGCGCUGAGAUGAAAGGCGUUGAAGGCAUCCGCGUCGGCCUGCAGGAGGUCGGCCCGCGUUUUACCGCCAAGCUGAGGAGGGUCGACAAGGGUAUUGGCAGGGCUGGCAGCGAGGGUGACGACUCGCAGCCGUGGGAGUGGAAGGCCAAGAUGGAGAAGGAUCGCAAGAGGUUCAAUCUGUAA